AUGGCUACUCCCUCAUCGUAUGUGGCAGUGAAAAGCAACCUCGAUGCGAUCUUCUCCGAUCCUUCAACAGCUCUCGAUAUCCCCGCCAUAGAGAAGCUUAAGCUUGAAUUCACCGAGAAUACGAGCCCAAGUGUGGCUGGAGCCAUCCUCACCCAAAUAUCUCAACUGCUGCCGGUUCUGCAAUACGAUCCCACUCCCCUAACGACCCUCGGAAUCCGAGCUACAGCGUUCCUCAAAUUCUCAGACCUCCAAGUCGUGGAUCCUCCAGUCAAUAUAAUUGCGGGAAUCCGAACUCCAUCGCCACCAAUCAACUUGUUAGCGUUGUCCCUGCUUUCCAAGGCUAAUCGGGCCCCAAGCGAUGCAGCUAUCAUUGCUGGAGACCCAGACUUGGUGGCAACACUUUUAGAGCUGUGGCUCUCGACACCCACUACCGAGGUCUCCCAGGCUGCCUUGGAUGUGCUAUGGUCAUUAUUGGAGGUCGACCAUGUUGACAAUGAAACUGUCGUUGGGUCCCCUCAAAGUGUUGCUGUCGGUCAAGGUUUACUGUGGAGAAGGAUAUUUACGGACAAAAGUGUCUAUGGUCUCCUGUUCUCGAUCUGUAGUCUCACCGAUACCGAAACAACGCCGCAACUCUCGAAACGCGAGAAGACAGUCGCGCAAGGGCGACUAUUAGACUUUGUUGUGAAAGCCGGAACACUUCGCUGGGAUUACAUCUCAGCCUCUCAAAUCCCCGAUGUCGAGUCUAAGUACCGGAGUAGGGGCCUGCUUGAUUUUGCACUAGAUGCUGUUGAUGUGGCAUUUCUUGCCACUCCCAUAAUGGCUUAUGUGGCACAAUAUGCACGGCUCUACCCAAACCAUCUUCUGAAAAACCCACGUGAUUUGCUUGACAAAAUACUGUCUCGAAUACAUAAGUCUCUUGAAAUUCCGUCUGCUCAGUGGGCGCAUGGGCAGAUACCACUAGGUGAUCUCACAGUUCUAGGCUCUCUCCCACGGGUCUUGCUCGUCGAAGCUAGUAGGAAGUCUCUCAACCCGUUGCAAGCUGUUCCUUCGAAUCCACCAAAUAGAGACUGUUACAACACUUUGGCAAGGAUUUUCCACGGUUCACCAUCACCAUCAGAUACUCCAAUCACUGUCAGUGAUGCACCAACAGAUGCAUACAAGGAAUCGGUUGCAGCACGCAUACUUUACUUAACAUAUUUGAACACGCACGCUAGCCUAUGGCAAAAUGUGGUCACUGCUGCGGAUAUUGUCGCUAUGCCGGACGUGGCUCUUGCUGCCAUUGCAUUAAUCAGGGCGGUUGUUACUGCAAAUUGGAAGACCCUGUCAACUGAGGACGCCCAGAAGGUAUCCGCGCUACCAUCUGAGGAUGAGUUAAAUCGACAAGCUGCUGCGGGGCCUGGAAUGCUGCCAACAUCUGGGUCAUGGGCUGUGUUAACACCCCCAGCACUGACCACUGUGCUCCCUUACCUUUUCAAACCUCCUUUGUCGUAUAGCAAUUUUGUGGCUGGUGGUGCAGGAGAUCCCGAAAGUGCGGUAUGGAAAUUGGCCACCGCUAAAUACGAUGUGCUUGUGGAUCUCCAUAGAAUACUAAAGCUUUCCUCGGCUCAAGUUGAGGGCUUUGAAGACAUUGUGAAAACCCUGGAGCAACGCAUACGUGAUGGCCCUCAGGGACCUGCAACGCAAGUUGGCAGCCGUGUUGAGGCGCUUGAGCUGUAG